UUCAUGUGGACGGCUGCAAACGUUACUACUAAAAUCAAGUGUGUGCCAUUACAUAAAUUUGCAUGCUCCCACCAUCUCAUCUCUUCUCACACUUCCCCACACUCUAGUCUCCACCCUUCCAAUUUCACAACCCACAGGAAAAAAAGAAAAAAAAAAAACAACGCAAAUUUAGCAACAUAUGUGACGCCAUAUGCCACGUGUCCACGAGUCCACCGGCUACCGACAAACUUCCAUCACAUACGGCGCACGGAUCUAGCGUGAGCCGCCCUUCGGCCAUAUUUAUACGCUCUCUCCAAUUUCCUCUUCUACCUUUUCCUCCCUAUUUCUCUGCUCAUUUCUGGAAAUUUCUUGGUCAAUUUUUUUACUUGGCAGUAAAAAUUUUAGCAUAUCUUCAUCUUCUUCAUUGUAAAAAUUGUAAGUUUCUCUCUCAUCUUUGAUCUUUUAUACUUGAACACAUCAACUAUUAUUGUUGAAGCUGAUUACAUUUCUCUUCUUUCUUGCAACUUUGAUGUACAUAUUACAAUUUCAAGACCCCCCCUUGAAAUUUUCUGAUUAGAUUUACUCAAAAUUAAAGUAUAGAAUUUAACUUUAUACCUGAUUGUGAAAAAAUCCAUCUGGGUUUUGAAGCUAAGAUUGAGAUUAUUAGUGGGUUAAUUUUUGUUUUAUGGAUUGUGAUAGUUUUUGGGUGAUUAGAGGAAAGAGGGUUUUGAGGGUGGGAUCUAGUGAUUGUUGGUGUUUUGUUAUGUGAUGAGACGUAGGUGGACAUUGGGAACUAUUCCUUAUCAAAUGGAGAAAGGGAAUGCAAAAAAUCAUAAUAGAAGGUUGUGUGUGUUGAGUUCUUUGUGUGUGUUGUUUUGGAGUUUGCUAUUGUAUUUCCAUUUUGUUGUUCUAGGAGGUAGCACUGUUAAUGAUUCCGCUUCGUUACAAUCGAACCCUAUUAGAAUCGAACCGUUUAACCCUGUACCUAUUGAGCCUGUGAAUUUUCCGGUCUUGAACGAUGUUAAGUCAACUAGUGAUGUUACUGAGAUUGAGGUUAAGGGUGAUGAUAAGUCAACUAGUGAGAUUUUGGUAAAUGUUGAUGAUAAGUCAACUAGUGAUCUAACUACUAGUGAUGUUACUGAUCCUGAGUUGAGUAGUAAUGACGUUGAGAACGAGGCGAGUAAUGUGGUUGAGCCUGAAGUUUCGUCCGUGAGUAGUCGUAAGAUGGAUGUUGGAUCGAAGAUCAGGGAUUCUAGGCCUAAGAAUGAUGAGCUCCCUAAGGAUGAACCGGAGGAGUUUCAGUUUAUGAGGGCGUUGAGGACGGUUGAUAACAAGAGUGAUCCUUGUGGGGGGAGGUACAUCUAUGUACAUGAUCUUCCCCCGAAGUUCAAUGAUGAUAUGCUUAAAGAGUGUAGGAGCCUCAGUCUUUGGACUAAUAUGUGCAAGUUUACUACCAAUGCUGGGCUUGGUCCUCCGCUUGAGAAUAUUGAGGGGGUGUUCUCGCAUACUGGGUGGCAUGCGACAAAUCAGUUUGCGGUGGAUGUGAUCUUUAAUAAUCGGAUGAAGCAGUAUGAGUGUCUGACAAGGGAUUCUUCGCUUGCUGCAGCAAUAUUUGUGCCCUUUUAUGCUGGGUUCGAUAUUGCACGGUAUCUUUGGGGCUACAACACAUCUAGGAGAGAUGCUGCUUCACUUGAGUUGGUUGAUUGGCUGAUGAAAAGGCCAGAGUGGAAGAUAAUGGAUGGAAGGGAUCAUUUUCUAGUUGCAGGAAGAAUUACCUGGGACUUCAGAAGAUUAACAGAUGAUGAGAAAGACUGGGGUAGUAAGCUUCUGUUUUUGCCUGCAGCCAAGAACAUGUCUAUGUUGGUGGUGGAAUCGAGCCCCUGGAAUGCAAAUGACUUUGCUAUACCAUAUCCUACCUACUUUCAUCCUGCAAAGGAUGCUGAUGUGUUUGUCUGGCAAGAUCGGAUGAGGAAGCUGGAGAGAAAAUAUCUUUUCUCAUUUGCUGGGGCACCAAGACCUGGGAAUGUGAAAUCAAUCAGAGGACAGAUAAUUGAUCAAUGCAAGAGCUCAAAGGUGUGCAAGCUUUUGGAAUGUGAUUUUGGGGAGAGCAAGUGUCAUUCUCCAAGUAGUAUUAUGCAGAUGUUUCAGAGUUCCCUUUUCUGCCUACAACCUCAAGGGGAUUCAUACACUCGGAGAUCAGCUUUUGACUCGAUGUUGGCUGGUUGUAUACCUGUAUUUUUCCACCCUGGUUCAGCUUACACCCAAUAUACAUGGCAUCUCCCUAAGAAUUUCUCAAGUUAUUCAGUAUUCAUAUCUGAGAAUGAUGUCCGUAAGAGGAAUCUCAGCAUUGAGGAAAGGCUUCUGGAAAUACCUCCUCAACAGGUGGAGAUCAUGAGAGAGACAGUCAUCAAUCUCAUACCCAAGUUGGUAUAUGCCGAUCCUCGCUCCAAGUUAGAGACCCUCCCAGAUGCCUUUGAUGUAUCUGUGCAGGCAGUUAUUGACAAGGUUACAAGAUUAAGAAAGAACAUCAUCCAAGGCAGGACAGAAUAUGAUAACUUCAUUGAGGAAAACAGUUGGAAAUAUGCUCUGCUAGAGGAAGGCCAACGAGAGGCUGGAGGUCAUGAAUGGGAUCCUUUCUUCUCUAAGCCUAAAGAAGGUGAAGGGGAUUCAAACGGUGCUGUGUCUGCAGAAGCUGCUAAGAACUCUUGGCAUAACGAGCAAAGAAGUCAAUCCAGAAAGAGAAGCUAGUUAUAGUUCCUUUUGAAAUGAACAUUGCUUCUAUUCGCCAGGUAAAAUUGGCUUUACCUGGGAACUUCCCGUUGCUGUUUCAGGCAUAUCAUCUUUGUUCAAACAUGAUAAUUAUGGCUGUUCAUAGGAUACUUAUAUUUCGCUUUACGAUUUUGCUUAGUGAUACAUGAAGAGCUGUAUGAUAAAUAUAUUCCAAUGUAAUGCAAUUUAGCCAGAACCAUAUUUUCUUUUUAAUGGUUCAUUAGUGGUAGUAUGGUACCGUCAAUAGCUGUGGAAUUUGUUCUAUUUGCUACUUCAUAUAAGGAUGGGCUUAUUUCCCUUUCUUAAUACUCUAAUCAUUAUUGAUUAUAGAAAAAAAAAUUGCUUAUUGA